CCUCGCUCAGUCAGUCACUCAGUCAACCACUCAGUCGGUGAGCCAUCCGCGUGUACAGGUGACUGCGUUCGUCCGUCACGUCGCGUUUGUUCGUCCGUCCGCAGUAUUUCGCCCGCAGUGUGUAUUGGUGUAAACUUCAUCCAUUUACUGUAGCGUGUUGAUACAAACUAACCAAUUACCUGAUAAUAUUUUUUAUUGUUUUUACAAAAAAUAAUUUUCUUAUUUUAAAGAGUACGACGCGGUCGUCUUUUGGAUAGUGUACGGACAUCGGUUUGACGUUAUUCCGCCCAUUUCUAGCGUAUGGAAUAAAAGUAAAUACAAGUAAAACAUAGCAUGUGCCCGUGACUUUUGUGCGCGAUAAUUAAAGAUACGUUUGUUGUUUUGUUUUCUUUACAAAGAUAACGGUAUCGCUGCCGUACGAAUCGUCCGUCGGGCUCAAUGCCCUCGUCCGACUGUAGUCGCUCGACAUCAGCUCCAUUAUUAUUGUUGUUUUUAUCGUCAUAAUAUAUUCGAGUGUGUAACAAAAAUUGUACGAGCGAAUAACGUUAAAAAAACUAAACAGUGUUAACAAGUUAGUUAUGACCGCUGAAGACGAAGAUCGAAAGUGACGGUAGAAAAAAUCUGCUGGUAUUAAAACGACGCCAUCAUCAAUCCUUCAACCCCUUUUUGGUUGGACGAUGUACAAACCGACGUGACGGCUGCUUCCCGACUUGACAUGUCUUCGCCGUCGUCGUCAUCGCCGUAUUAUUACGGUGGUAUUCACCAUGGUGGCGGCGGUGGUGUUGCUAACACGUCCGGCGUUGCUGCUGGAGUUCCCGAAGGAGCUACUCAGCUCCAGUGCUGUUCGCCCCCGCCCACCACCCCGAUGGGGUCCAACGGGGCCCUGAGAAAAGCACAAAUAGAAAUUAUACCAUGCAAGGUAUGCGGCGACAAGUCCAGUGGAGUUCACUACGGCGUGAUAACGUGCGAAGGAUGCAAAGGGUUCUUCCGGCGGUCACAGUCUUCCGUGGUCAACUACCAGUGUCCGAGGAACAAAAACUGCGUGGUCGACCGAGUCAACAGAAACCGGUGUCAGUACUGCAGAUUGCAGAAAUGCCUGCGACUGGGCAUGUCCAGAGACGCCGUUAAAUUCGGACGUAUGUCUAAGAAACAGAGGGAAAAGGUAGAGGACGAAGUGCGGUUCCAUAGACAACAACAACGUUCCUCGGCAGCUGCGGCCGCGGCCGCAGCUGUAGCAGUUGCUGCAGCCGACUGUUGUUCGACGACCACGCCGAUAGGCGGAGGCGGUACGCCUGCGGUGGCCGCCGAUUCGUCGGUAUUCGACCACGACCAGCAACAACAACAGUCGCAAAUGCCGUCUAGUACCGCAGACCACGGCAACGGCCUGCACGGCCACAUGCAACACCAUCAUCAACAACAACACCACCACACGCACCUUUCACAACAUCAACAUCAACACCAUCAACCACAACCACACCAUCUCGGUCUCAAUCAAUUUAACGGUACCAAUAAUGUGGCGUAUACAGCGGUAGCGGCUGCCGCCGCUGCAGUGGCCGCAGCUGCCGCAGUGGGUGGAGGUAACGGAGGAUCAGGCGAAAACAAUGGAGUGUACGGAUACAACGGAGGAAGUACGGGCAGCGGAGGAAACAACUCGUCUGCCGCAGCCCUAAUGGUGGACGCGUUCAACGUGCAAUACGCCAUCGCAGCGGCCACAUCAACAGCAGCCGCGGGCGGACCGCCGCCUUAUGAUAACACUAACAAUCACGUGGCCGAUAGCACCACUCCCGGGGCUGGCGGAGGACCAACGUCCAGCAGUACGCCGUCGUCGGCUUCGUCCACUUUUGGCGAACCUCUGAUAGGAGGCGGUAGCAUGGAAGUGUCGUCGGUGGCCGCGGUCGUAGCAGGAGGACCAGAUAACGGAAUGAUGAACCAUACGAAUGUAUCAAACGUAUUGCCUUCGGAUGCCGCUCAGAUCAGCGAACUUCUAAGCAAAACAAUAGCCGACGCCCACGCCCGCACGUGUUUCUUUACUCUGGACCAGAUACACGACGGCAUGUACAGAACAGCCUUGGCGAUGGCCAACAACAAGAACGGUGGCGGCAACGUGGCCAACGACAAAGUGCACUACUACAAGACUAUGGCACACGAAGAGCUAUGGUUAGAAUGUGCUCAAAAACUUACUGCGGUCAUUCAGCAGAUCAUUGAAUUCGCAAAGAUGGUACCAGGCUUUAUGAAACUGUCACAAGAUGAUCAGAUUGUGUUGCUAAAAGCAGGUAGCUUCGAGUUGGCCGUGUUGAGGAUGUCGAGGCAUUACGAUUUGCACAGAGAUUGCGUGUACUAUGCCGACUCUCUGCUGCCAGCAGACGCCUUUUACACUCAAGACCCAAUAGAAACACGUCUGGUGACAUUGGCGUUUGAGGUCAGCAGAGCCGUUGCUUCGCUUAAACUCACAGAAACCGAACUGGCUCUGUACUCGGCCGUGGUGUUAUUAUCGCCUGACCGACAAGGACUCAAGGGAAUCAUGGAAAUCUCUCGACUAAGACAAGCCAUAUUGAGAGCCCUUCGCAUGGAACUCGACCAUAGAACCAACAACAACAAUGUCGGGUCUGUUGGUGAACAACAGUCUCAGCAUUUGCAUAACAGCCAACAGAACCAAGUAUGCGAUGCUCUUAUACAGAAAAUUCCUUCACUCAGACAAUUGGGACAACUGCACAUGGAAGCUUUGGCCAAAUUAAAAAGAGCGGCACCUCAUCUAGAGUUCCCGGCAUUACACAAAGAACUAUUCUCAGUGGAUAGUUGAUCAUCAACUGAUGAAAUCUCUGCAGGGGUUUAAAAACAACUUUUAAAUUAAUGAUUAAUAAACUUUGCAAAUAGUGCCCUCGGCUAUUAUAGAAACGCAUUAAAAUAACAUAUUAUAUUAGAAUAAAGUGUAAUACACUAAAUUCAUAUAAUGAUCACUUACACAACUAAUAUUAAUAAUUGAAUACACACUCACUCAUGAAAUUAGCUUUUUAGCGAUUAAAGAAGUGUUUUGUGUGCGAUCGGGUACUCUAAAUUAUGUAUUUACUAUUUGGCGUGGUCUUCAAUGUUGUUGUUAUUAUUGUAUAGAUGUAAGAGUUGUUCCAAAAUCAGUGGAAUGAUAUACAUAACAUGUAGCAAUUUUAAAAAAUAUUUUAUUGUAAUGAAUUAAAUUGUUUUUGUUGGCUUUAUUGUACCACGAUAAUAAAUUGUAAUUCUAUAAUAUCUCCAAUGAUCUAAAAUUGAUGUUGUACAAGUACUACAAAUUAAUUAACAAUUAUAUUUUUUGUAAUGUAAAGAUAUUUUAUGCACAUUUGUUGUACAUAAAGAUGACCACAAAAUAUUUUAUGUAUAGCGCUGGAUAACAUGAAAAUGGUGAUGAUAAAUAUUUUAUUUUAUUAGAGACCGACAGUUUAACUGGUCGUUUAAUUGAUGUAUUUUAAAUUAGUAUUUAAUAUUCAUAUUGCUUAUUAAUAAAUACUAUAAUUAUUGUUGUCCAUCA